CACACACGGAGACCUCCGGUGGUGCUACUACGGGACAAAAUGUGGCUUCGUGGGGAGCUUUUGAAAUCCAUAUGGCACGCCUUCACGGCCCUGGACUUGGACCAUCGUGGAAAAGUCUCCAAAUCUCAGUUAAAGGUGCUGUCUCACAACAUAUGCACACUGAUGAAGAUCCCUCAUGACCCUAAGGCCCUCGAAGAGCAUUUCAAAGAUGAUGAUUCGGGGCCUCUGUCCAACCAGGGCUACAUGCCCUACCUCAACACAUUUAUUCUUGACAAGGUACAAGAGGAUUUUGAUGUACUGGAGUUGUGCAGGAUGUGCUGGACUUUGUGUUACAAGAAGAAUAUCUGCACUAAAAAUCUGCUAAUCUCAGACAAUGAUUGUUUCAAAGUGUGGUGCAUAUUCAACUUUCUGUCAGAAGAAAAGUACCCACUAGUCAUCGUCAUUGAAGAGAUCGAGUACUUCCUGCAAAAGCUGAUGGAAGCCAUGGGGAUCGGAUGGAGUGAGGAGAAGUUUGUGGAUUACAAGCUCCACCUGUACAGGAAGAAGAACUGCCUGACUGCCUGGGAGCUGAUUGAACUGGUGGGACUCAGUUACUUCAGCAAAGGCAUACACCGCCAGAUUCUGUCUAUGGGCAUCAAUGAGGUCUUCCAAGAACUCAUAUUGGAUGUGCUCAAGCAGGGCUACAUGAUGAAAAAGGGCCAUAUGAGGAAGAACUGGAACGAGCGCUGGUUUGUGCUUAAACCCAACUCACUGUCGUACUACGCGUGUGAGGAUCUUGUGGAGCUGAAAGGAGUUAUCUCUCUGGACCAAAACUGUUGUGUGGAGUCUCUGCUAGAUAAAGAAGGGAAGAAAUGCCUGUUUAUUAUAAAGUGCUCUGACAAAAGCUUUGAGAUCAGCGCGUCAGAUAAAAAGAAAAAGCAGGAAUGGAUUCAAGCUAUUCAGACAUGCAUUCAGCUGCUGAGGUUGGGGCUGUCCUCUCCUCACCGCGAGGCCCGAAGGAGGCGCAAGGAGCUCCGGCAGAGGCAGCAGACCGAGGAGGGUGAUAUGGUAGAGAGGAUGAAGGAGCUCCAGGUGGCCAAUGAGAACAAACAGAAACAGCUGGAGAAUAUGAGGAAGAAAAUGGAAGAGGCUGCGGCUCAAGCGGCCAUGGAGGAGCACAUGAGGAAGCAGACUCAGUUAGACUUGCAGGAUCGCUACAGACUGGAUCUAGAGAGAGAGAAAAUGGUGCGUCAGCAGAUGGAGGAGCAGGUGGCUCAGAAGUCCAGUGAACUGGAGCACUACCUGCAGCGCGUCCGGGAGCUGGAGGACAUGUACCACCAGCUGACGGAGGCCUUAGAGGAUGAGAGGCAGGCCAAGCAGGAUGAGGAGGCCAUGCGCAAGCUACAGGCCAGGCUGCUGGAGGAGGAGACAGAGAAAAGGGCAGAGCUGGAGCAGAUCCACCUGCAGCAGCAGAGGGCGCUGUCUCAGACUCAGGCUGAGAAGCAGGAGUUGGUGACCGAGCAGCAGGCCAAGGAGAGAGACCUGCAGGCAGCCAUGCAGCAGCUGGAGACACUGGAGAGAGAGCGUCAAGGAGCACUGCAGGAGUAUCAGGUGGUGUCGAAGAAGCUUGAGCGAGCAGCUAACAAGACUAAGAAUUGGAAAGACAAAGUGGCCAGACAUGAGGGGCUGGUGCGUCUCAUCCAGCCAGGUGAUAAAGCACCUCAGAAGAUGACCAACUGGGGUCCGGCUGCAUUUACUGACAUUGAGCUGGAGUUGAGAAAGAAGUUGUGGCAGGAGAGUAAAAACCAGGGGGCUCAGGGGGGCUCACCAUGUUUAUAUGGGCCGCAUGCUGAUGAGGGAGACUCUGACCAUAAUUAACUACUGAGCCAGUGUUUUUACAUUCCAGGUCUGAAAGGUUUUAUAACAUAAAUUUACUGAGCCACGUAAUAGCUGCAAAAAAACAAAAAUAUUUUACAGAUUUCAUUAGAGUCACGUUUUGCCUUUAUAUGUGCAGCUUGGAUGAACUGCAUUUCAUCUGUUUCAUCUUUAACAUUCAUGUUUAACAGUUUUUGUUUUGUUUUGCUUUGCAGCUGGUAAUUUCAGGUCAUCCUUUCUCAGUCUAUCUGCUGACUAUAAUUUCUUUAAUUUCAUACUUUGUGGUUGUUUCCCAUAGUUGUGUUUUGACAUAAACCUGUUGUGAUGGAAAAUAACUGAUAUCCUGCAAAUUAUAACAGUUAAUUCAUUUUCUUGUUGACAGCACUGGCUUCAUUUCCUGAUAAAAACUUUUAUUAGCUAGAGUUAAGUGAAGGCUGUCUGUCAUAAUCAACAUGAUAAAAAAAGAAAGUAAAACACCAACUAUUCUUUAUAAAAGUGGAUUUAAAUUUCAUAUAUAAGAACAUUUUAUAUAGCUUGAGGCUGCUGUUUCCA